AGCACAGAGACAAAACACAAAAAGAUGAUGGUCCAGUCCAGAAGGCAAGUACUUAUAGCUUAGAGAUACACACAAUACGUGGUGAUAAAACAACCAUUAAGAUUCAUAAAGUGAAUGAUGGAUCACCUACUACAUCAAAAAGAUGUUCACCGAAUUGGAUCAUCUAGUGAUUCUAGUCUAUAUAUGCUGCUGCAUCUUAUCAUCAUCCACAUUUACUACUAAUACUGUCAUACCGACUUUCAUUACUUCAUUUCUCAAAAUUCGUCUCCAAAAAUGGCAGUUGCUAGCUUAAGCUUCAUUGUGGGUAUCUUGGGUAAUAUCAUUUCUAUACUGGUUUUCCUUUCUCCUAUAACAACUUUUCAGAGAAUAGUGAAGAAGAAAUCAACGGAGAAUUUCAAAGGGAUACCGUAUAUUUCGACGUUGUUAAGUACAUCAUUAUGGACAUACUAUGGUCUUCUUAAACCCGGUGGUAUGCUUAUCGUCACUGUUAAUGGAGCUGGUGCUAUUCUUCAAGCCAUAUAUGUUACUCUUUUCAUCAUCUAUGCACCCAAAGACUCUAAAGUUAAACAUUUGAAGUUAGCAGGGAUUUUUAACGUGGGGUUCUACACGACGGUGGUGCUAAUUACAUUUCUUGUUACCCAUGGAAGCGUCCGACUUACGGUUGUUGGAUUCCUUUGUGCAGGAUUAACUUUAGGAAUGUAUGCUUCUCCACUAGUAUCCAUGAGAAACGUGAUAAAGACUAAAAGCGUGGAGUACAUGCCAUUUGCGUUAUCAUUUUUUCUCUUCCUCAAUGGUGGUGUUUGGUCUGUUUAUUCAGUACUUGUCAAGGAUUUCUUCAUUGGGGUGCCCAAUGCUAUUGGCUUUGUGUUAGGUUCAACUCAGUUGAUAGUAUACACAAUUUACAAAAACAAAGCAACGGAGAAACCGAUGGACAAACCGGAAGAAGAAGGAUCAACUCAUUUAGUACAUGGAACGGUCGAAAUGGGUACGUACGACAAAGAGAUGAAGAAAGAGAGAAGCCUAAACAAAAUGUGGAGUCUACCUAAACCAACAUUGUCAAGGCAACUUAGUUUUCAGAAGAUUAUUACUAAAUCACACUCUAUGAAUGUAAAUUCUUUACCACUCAGCGAUGAUAUUGAGAAUCAAGCAGAGAACCUUGUCAAUGGUCAUGACAGGUAGUCAAAUUACUAAGUUGUAGACAAUUAUCAACAAGAAGUACAGGAAACAAAGAUGUAACCAGCAAUGUUUUGAGUAUUCCUUGGACAUAUGGGAGGGAGACAUAUGUUUCGUUACAAAUAAAUGUGCGAAUUUAUAGUCCAUCAAUCGAUCUUUAUUUCUU